AUGGCCGACGAACCACGUAGGCCCCGGCCUGCCACUUCACCUACUCGAGACAAAUCUCAUUCUCCAUAUCGAGACUCGCCCUCGAGAAGACUGAGAGACAUCGAAACCGGUCCCUACCAACAAGCUCGCAACCCCGCGCACACUGCCCACCGUGCGAACGAUCAACAUCCCCCUUCUCCUAGUUCGAGAACGGCUGAUUGGGAGCCCAUCAUGUCGAAUCCUGCAAACCAGUCAGAUUUGGGUCGCAAGAAGUCUCUCAUCCGUCCCGAAAGGAACCGCAUCGACCGGGAUCACCCCAAUUACCAUUACCGCAAGCAUGCUCAGAACAUGGAGGUCUUGCCCUCAACCACGGGCAAUGAUCCUGUCCUUGAAGAGUUGACCGAAGCCCGCACCGUUAGUUCAGGAAGCAUAGAACAUGACACUGAACAGCCCCAUCCUCCCAUGCGAAAUCAGAGUACCCGCCAAAACAACGCUCGUCUUCCCGGUAAUAUUGAACCCGUAGGCAAGAAGCGGGCUCCUCGUAAGCUCGUCCGAAAAGAAACCCGGAACAUGACAGAAGAGGAGAAGAAGAUGCAGAAAGAACUGGACAAGAUCAAGCCUCCCAGCGCGUGGAAUAUAUAUUGCGCCAUCAUCACCUUCUGGGUCCCUGAUAUUGUCCUGCAAUGUUUUGGCAUGCCCGCCAAAGCCCAGAGACGAGCUUGGCGAGAAAAGGUCGGUUUGAUCAGCAUUAUCAUCGCCAUUGCUGCCUUCGUCGGUUUCUUGACCUUUGGCUUCACUCAGGCCGUCUGUUCCGCUCCAGGUCUCAGGCUUCGGGUCAACAAGGUGGACUCGGGUUACAUGAUCUUUCAUGGUGGUGCUUACAACUUGGAUGGCUCCAUGCACCCCGCUGCUCUCGGCGUCCCACUUGACACCAAUGUCCUCUAUGAUCUUCCUCACAAGUAUGGCGGUCAAGAUGGCAGUUUCAUGUUUCAACGAGUCAAUGGCCAAUGCAAAGACCUCAUCACCCUCGCUCCAGGUUCUGACGUCCCAACAAAUGCGGAUGGCGACCUUGCUUGGUACUUUCCCUGCGUCGCUUUCAAUCAAGAUGGUUCUUCACCCGUCAACACCACAGUUCCCUACUAUUUAGGAUACUCAUGCCAUACCACCGAGAAGGCGCGAACCACUUUCUACCACCUGAGAAGAGCAGGGGAUGUCUUCUUCACCUGGGAUGACAUCAGAAAUCAAUCUCGAAACCUGGUUGUAUACUCGGGCAACGUCAUUGAUUUGGACCUUCUUGGAUGGUUCAACUCAAGCCAAGUCGUGUGGCCACAGCAGUUCGAUGACCUACGAGAAAACAAGGAUAUUCGUGGCAUGGACAUCACACACGUCUUGCAGUCCUCGGCCGAUAAGAAGGUCGGCAAAUGCCUCUCCCAAAUUGCCAAGGUCGGAAGUAUUGAUACCGAGUCGGUUGGCUGUAUUGCUUCAAAGGUCGUUCUCUACGUCUCCCUGGUCUUUAUUCUGGCAAUUGUACUCGCCAAAUUCUUUUUGGCUCUUGCCUUCCAAUGGUUUCUUUCCCGGAAAUUCGCAGCUGCGAAGUCUUCCCAGAAGGUUGAUGCCAAAGAACGAGCCAAGCAAAUUGAAGACUGGAGUAACGACAUCUACAAACCCGCUCCUAAAAUUACUGACCCGGCAACUACAGUCUCCGGGUCUGACGGCCGAAACAGCAAGCGCGGAAGCAUGUUGUUUCCCCAAACCUCGCGUUUCACUAGCCCGUAUGCUGUCGAUCGCGCAAACAAGACCAAUCGACCUCCACCAACCACAAUGACAAGUCAGUCUUCUAAUGCCAAACUCAUCCAACCAGGAAGCGGAGUGUAUAAGCACGGCCAUAACAACAGUCAAGUCACAUUAGAUAUGAACAGAAUGAGUGGUGCUGGCAGUCGCUCCAGUCUCUUCCUAUCUGGGUACGACACACGCUAUUCUAUUGCGAACGAUGAUGCUAGUCCGAAUGGGCCACUAGGUUUUAUUCACGAAAAUGUUGUUCCACAACCACCUCCCGAGUGGCAGCCAUUUGGAUAUCCCUUGGCUCACACCAUCUGUCUCGUUACCGCAUAUUCUGAAGGUGAAGACGGCAUUCGUACCACAUUGGACUCUAUUGCAACAACCGAUUAUCCUAACAGCCAUAAAGCUAUUCUCGUCAUCUGUGAUGGUAUCAUUAAAGGCAAAGGCGAAGCCCUAUCUACCCCUGACAUUGUCCUUGGUAUGAUGGGUGACUUUGUCGUUCUUCCUGAAGAUGUUCAGGCUUUCUCCUACGUUGCCGUAUCCAGUGGUUCCAAACGACACAAUAUGGCCAAGGUCUAUGCCGGUUUCUACGACUAUGGGCAGAAUUCUCGGGUGGAUCCGAGCAAGCAACAGCGAGUUCCGAUGCUGGUUGUAGCCAAAUGUGGAACACCUGACGAAUCCGGCAAGAGCAAGCCUGGAAACCGAGGCAAACGUGACAGUCAAAUCAUCCUAAUGUCAUUCUUACAAAAGGUCAUGUUUGAUGAACGUAUGACCGAACUCGAAUUUGAAAUGUUCAAUGGACUCUGGAAAGUGACCGGAAUGUCACCCGAUUUCUAUGAGACGGUUCUCAUGGUUGACGCGGAUACUAAGGUUUUCCCGGACAGUCUUACCCAUAUGAUAUCUGCAAUGGUCAAGGACCCAGAAAUCAUGGGUCUUUGUGGUGAGACCAAGAUUGCCAACAAGAAUCAGUCUUGGGUCUGUCGAAUCCAGGUUUUCGAAUAUUUUAUCUCCCAUCAUCUUUCAAAGUCCUUUGAAUCCGUCUUUGGUGGAGUGACUUGUCUUCCAGGCUGUUUCUGCAUGUACCGCAUCAAAUCCCCCAAAGGUGGUCAAAACUAUUGGGUCCCGAUUUUGGCCAAUCCCGACAUUGUCGAGCACUACUCGGAAAACGUGGUCGAUACUCUUCACAAAAAGAACUUGUUGCUUCUCGGUGAAGACAGAUAUCUUUCUACCCUUAUGUUGAAAACUUUCCCCAAACGAAAACAGGUAUUCGUGCCUCAGGCAGUUUGCAAGACAACCGUACCGGAGAAAUUCAGUGUCUUACUCUCUCAGCGUCGUCGCUGGAUCAACUCGACCAUUCAUAACCUGAUGGAACUGGUCUUGGUUCGAGAUCUUUGUGGUACUUUUUGCUUCAGUAUGCAGUUUGUCGUCUUCAUUGAACUCAUCGGUACUUUGGUUCUUCCAGCGGCUAUUUCCUUUACUGUCUACCUCAUCGUCAUUUCGAUUGUCAAACGGCCAGUUCCAGUCAUUCCACUGAUUUUACUCGCGCUCAUUCUCGGCCUGCCGGCCAUCUUGAUUGUUCUAACGGCACAUCGGUGGUCAUAUAUUCUUUGGAUGUUGAUCUACUUGGGAUCUCUGCCCAUCUGGAAUUUUGUUCUCCCUGUAUACGCUUUCUGGAAAUUCGAUGAUUUCAGUUGGGGCGACACACGGAAAACAGCGGGCGAGAAAACAAAGAAAGCAGGCAUCGAGUAUGAAGGAGAAUUUGACAGCAGCAAGAUUACCAUGAAAAGAUGGGGAGACUUCGAGAAAGAACGCCGCGCCCAAGCCAAUGGUAUUCCUUGGACAUCUCAUUCAAUGGGACGACCACAAAGUGGAUAUAACUCAACACAAAACUUUGAGCCAUAUUCUGACUAUUGA